GUCACGCUCUAUCCCGAAGUCGUGGUAGCGUCGCGAAUAAACCACAUCCUGUUAUUCGAACUGCGAUGCUGCAACAGCGGAAGCUCGUGAGCUUUCGUGGGGCGCACGCAUCCAGGAAUACACGCACUUGCGUAAAAUUGCCCGACGACGAUUGGCCAAGGGAAGGAGAGACUCAAACGACCACGGAGGAUAAGAACUUGGAAAAUUGUCUCGUCAUACUAAUGACGGGGACUCGACGAAUGUAAUCGAGAAAAAUGUAGAUCGUUAGACACAUAAUCAGAUUGAAUUGCAAAAAGCGCCUUCGUUCCGGCAACGUACACUUAGUGUGUGUUCAAUGGUCAAAAAGAUGCACGCCUCGUUCUUUUUGAAUUAAAUUUACGCGGGAGCGAGAAAUAACGAGGAUGCGCUUUUAUGGGAAAAUGUACCGUUUUAACGCGUGUCGAUGUAUUAAUACUUCGGAUAAAAUUGCGGCACUUUUUCUGGUUUUGUGUAAAAUUAUCUAAAAGAAGGGAGACACGGCGCGGGCGUGUGUGCGUCUCGUCUUAUCCGCCGCACGCGUACACGUUAAUUACAUGCAAUCAUGUACUCGAUGAAGGCGAAGCCGUCCGGUUCAGAGUUCAAAGUCUCGUUGUACCGUCGACUCGCGAGGAAUACGCCGAGUUAUUUGCAUCUAGGAUCGCAAUUGAGUUUGUGCAAUUUGCAUUGUCGUUGAAAAUAUCCCGGGAGGAUAUCGAGUCCAAGAACGUUAUUAGUGAUUUAUAAAUGUAUGAAAUCGCCGGUACGAGAAUGCGCUUCGUGUUCGACGUGGUAACACGAUUAACACGGCUCCCAUCUAUCUUCCAUCGGAGACGUGAAAAUACACUGUUGCUCUGAUCGGACGUACGGAUGCGUACAUGCGUUAUUCGACUGCUCGAAAGAAAGUUCCUGAGGAAGAGGAGGAGUCGCACUCGGUUUCGCACGAGAUCCUCGGCCGGAAUUCGGCGCGAUGAAUGAAGACGUCGGCUAAAUGUUAGCGAAAAUGCUUUCGGACGAUGCGACGGUCGGAAGCUACUCGUGCUCGAUCGUGACCGAUCUUCGUGAAGCGCUAGUGGGAUAUGUUCGCCACAAUGAUUGUAUACCUUGCGAAGAGACGAGGACGUGAAGAAGCGGACGAGCCUUUCCCUUCUCUCGAACCUUGUCACGUGUUAAGACGUCGUUGGGAUCGUCCGCAUCACCCUGUGCACAUCAGUGUCGAAGACGACGGCGGCAACGUUCUGCAGGGAUCCUUUCCUUGUAAAAAGGACGGACCUGUGACCCUCGGCCACGAGUUCGUGGGCACGGUCGAUGAGCUUGGGUCGAAGGUAACAAUCUUCAAGGUCGGCCAACGCGUCGCCGUCGAUCCCAACAGCGGUUGCGACAAGUGCGAUCACUGUCACAAUGCGAAUUACCACUACUGCGAGCUCGGCGGCAUAAACAACACCUUAGGGAUUUUCCGAAACGGCGGAUGGGCCACGCACGCGCUCGUCCCAGAGACGCAGGUGUAUCCGAUCCCGGACGGAAUGGAAAUGCACCAGGCGGUGCUGAGCGAGCCGUUAUCGUGUCUGGCUCACGGUUGGGACAAACUUAAUCCCGUGAAUGUUGGAAGCAAGGUCCUCCUAAUAGGUGCCGGCAUCAUAGGCUUACUGUGGGCUUGUUUGCUCCAUCUGCAUGGCCUCCGCAAGACCGUCACUAUCUCCGAACCGCAGGAGAAACGCCGACGGAUCGCCGAUAAUCUCGGCUUGAAUUACGAAGUUAAAAGUCAGAGCGAGUUGAAAGGGUAUUUUGAUGUGGCUGUGGAUUGUAGCGGUUCCGGCCCGGCCAUGGAGGCAGCUGUGCCUUUAUUGGGUCCCGGCGGUCGUUUAUGCGUAUUCGGCGUCGCUCAUCCGCAAGCGAAGCUGACGAUCGAACCGUUUCAGGUUUACAAGAAGGAACUGCAGAUUUUAGGAGUAAAUAUAAACCCCUACAGCUUCAGCAAAGGCUUAGCUUUGUUGCAAGCGAUGUCGGAGAAAUAUAUCGAUUACAAUAAAUUAGGGAUCAAGGUGUUCUCUCUGUCUCAAUACGAAGACGCUCUGUACGCGCUGAGGAAGGGAGAAAUAAGCAAGGCUGUCUUCAAGUUGUGAAAUGAUACUUCUGCUUGUAACUCGAUCUCUAAAGGAUAAGAAAUACUUUUGUUUUAAUAAAGUUUUAUUGCUCCUUUGCUUCAUACA